CAAGUAGUUUGUUUCGUCACCGCCAGUUGUCCAUAGAAGUCUUUCCAAGAGGACUUUUUUUCCAAGCCUAGUCUUUUCUAAGUGUACUCCCAAAUUCAACAUGGCUGUUGGAAAGAAUAAGGGACUUUCAAAAGGGGGUAAAAAGGGUCUGAAAAAGAAGAUUAUUGAUCCUUUCACUCGCAAAGACUGGUAUGACAUUAAGGCACCGUCUAUGUUCGCAGUCCGUCAGGUUGGCAAAACAUUAGUCAACAGGACUCAAGGAACACGUAUUGCUUCCGAAGGCUUGAAGGGCCGCGUAUUCGAAGUUUCUCUCACCGAUCUUCAGAAUGAAUCUGAUUCUGAGAGGGCAUUCCGCAAGUUCAAGCUGAUCUCUGAAGAUGUUCAAGGUCGUAACUUGUUGACAAACUUCCAUGGAAUGGACAUGACUACAGAUAAGCUUCGAUCAAUGGUGAAGAAAUGGCAAUCCCUUAUUGAAGCCAGUGUUGAGGUGAAGACCACUGACGGAUACUUGCUCCGAGUAUUCUGCAUUGGUUUCACCAAGAAGGAGAGCGAGUCUACUCGCAAAACAUGCUAUGCUCAGCAUGCUCAGAUCAAGGCCAUCCGUAAGAAGAUGGUUGACAUCAUCACUCGUGAGGUUGGCUCCGUGGAUUUGAAAGAGGUUGUUAGUAAGCUGAUCCCUGACUCCAUCAGCAAAGACAUUGAGAAGUCCUGCCAGGGAAUUUACCCUCUCCACGACGUCAAUAUCCGGAAGGUAAAAGUCCUCAAGAAGCCAAAGUUCGACAUUGGCAAGCUCCUGGAAUUGCACGGAGACGGUGGCAAGUCCGGAGUUGGCGGCGAAGGUGGAGUUUCGGGCUCUGUGGACCGACCCGAAGGCUACGAACCCCCUGUUCAAGAGUCUGUUUAGUAGGAGAGAAGUGUUUUGCCAUCUUCUUAAACUGACAUUUGAGACAGCGUGAAGGCGGUGGCCCCAAUAAAAAAAACUUCAAAAAAAAUUGUCAC